AUGGUUUUGGAAAGUACGGUCAUCUGCGUGGACAACAGCGAGUUCAUGCGAAAUGGCGACUUCAUCCCGAAUCGCCUUCAGGCUCAGCAAGAGGCCGUCUCGCUGGUCUGCCACGCCAAACUGCGCUCCAACCCGGAGAACAACGUCGGCCUGCUGACGCUGGCCGGCCACCCCGAGGUCCUCACCACGCUCACCACCGACGUCGGCCGCCUGCUGGGCAAGCUCCACCACGUCACCACCGACGGCGAGAUGAACUUCCUCAGCGGCCUGCGCAUCGCCCACCUGGCGCUGAAGCACCGCCAGGGCAAGAACCACAAGAUGCGCAUCGUCAUCUUCGUCGGCUCGCCGGUGGACACCGACGAGAAGGAGCUGGUGAAGCUGGCGAAGAAGCUGAAGAAGGAGAAGGUCAACGUCGACGUGGUCAACUUCGGCGAGGAGCUGGUGAACACGGAGAAGCUGGCCGCCUUCAUCAAGACGCUGGAGGGCACCGGCUCGCACAUGGUCACCGUCCCCUCGGGCUCGAUGCUCUCCGAUGCGCUCUUCAGCUCGCCGGUGGUGAUGGGCGAGGACGGAGCGGCGGCGGCCGCCGGCCUGGGCCCCGGCUUCGAAUUCGGCAUCGACCCCAACGAGGACCCGGAGCUGGCGCUGGCGCUGCGCGUUUCGAUGGAGGAGCAGCGACAGCGCCAGGAGGAGGAGGCCCGAGCGGCCUCAGUGGCCACGGCUGCUGCCGCAGCCGGCGGAGCUGGAGAGACUGCAGCGAGCAGCGAUGAGGAGAUGCUGGAGAAGGCGCUGGCCCUGUCGAUGGAGAGCGACUUUACCGGCGGCGGCGGAGCGGGCCGCAGCGUCGACUUUGCGGCGAUGACCGAGGACGAGCAGAUUCAGUACGCCAUGCAGAUGAGCCUUCAGGCGCCACCCGAAGACAAGGGCGAGGAGGAGGAGGAGCCGAUGGAGACCGAUGACAGCAGCUCAGGGGCGGAAAAGGCCGCCGACAAAAAGUGA